AUGAGCACAACUGGCGAGCGCUGCUGCUCUGGCCCAGUCCAGCGCCGCCGGUGGCCAUCCUCGGGCGGUCGCGAGCGUCCACCUCCUCCCAGCGCGGGUGUGCCCUCCCUCGUGGCCCCACCUCCAGGUGCGGGCGCGCCCUCCCUCCUGCACGACGCCGACAGAACUCUGCCAGGCGGCACGGGGGCUCACCCUCCCGACACAGGUGCACCCCACCCACCACCACCUGCACCUGGCCCAAGUGCAGUCACGGGGAACCAGCUGCGUGUAGGCGCGAGGGGCUCCGAGGAUGCCGCAGUGGAGGACACCAUCGUCGGUCCCACCUCUGAUGCCACUGGCGUGCGCGCCGGGGCUCCUCCCUUUCCCUUCCGCAUGCCGCCGUGGACUCCUACACCGAACACCUUGGUGGAGGCCGCCCUCGCUUGGGACCGCGAGCGCAAGGCGACUGAUGCCCUGGAGAAGCAUAUUGCCCACACGGAGCAGCUCCUCACCUCUCCUGCCUCCCACGAUGGUGGGGCCACCUCCUCCAGCUCGGUGGGGGUGGGGACUAGGGGUGACCUCUCCAUCAGUGAGUUCUACCGCAAGAUGAAGGGUAUGGUGGACUCUCUCGGUGACCUUGGCUGGCUUGUGGAGGACUGUAUCCUGGUCCUCAACGUCUAUGACGACCUCAUCAUGGAGGAGCUCCAACAAGUAGUUUAG